UUUGAGGCGUCCCUCGAUCCUGCCCAAGAUGCCCUUUUCAAGAGGUCGAAACAAGGAGACUAUCGUCGAGCCAUUACUGGAAGAAUCAGACGGGAACAAGUCUUCCGAAGAACCUGCUCUCGCUGCGUUGCAACUUAGCAGGACAAGCUCUAGGACUAAUCCGCCUCCAGCAAGCAACCCGAAUGGAAUCUUGAUAACAGAGACUGUGCUGGAGGAAUCCGAAAGCCCACCAGCAGUGGAACUAAAUCCAAGUACAGGAACGUCACGAAACACAGAGGAAACUGAUACCAAGGCCACACUACUUCCUCUGACUCACUAUAAUACUGUCAAUGUUGCUGAGCUAUUGUCGAAAAAGCGUUCCCACGACUCCUCAGACUUGCCCUCACCUGGAACACCAUUGUCACCACCUCUGAGCAGAACGAUAACUCGUAUACAGACACAAGGAUCACAGCGCCCUGGAAGUCCACGGCCUGAAAGUGGUGUCGACAGGAAUGGUUACUUUAGCUGGAGGGAUGGUCCUGGUGCGCCAGGAGCGACAAGUCUUUCCACACCUGCAGGAAGUCGAAAGUCGUCCACUAGAUCGGGAGCUGGAAAAGAUAUCAAGGACACUGGAUCAAGAAGGGCUUCUGCGUGGGAAAGAUCAAAAUCCCUUGCAGAGAAUUAUUUCAAGCCAGACAUUGCAGGUGAAAGACCGCGUCGACAUGGAUAUUCCAAGCCGCACCCAGAGUUGGAUUUAGCCAGUCUGAACAACGCCACUGCCUCCGGGUCUGAAUGGUUCCCAUCUAAUGGCAAUUCCGCUUUCGAUUUCGGCAGGAGACGAAGCUCGGCGGGAGUCAACGGGCUUGAACUUUCAACUUCCAAUGACAGCAGUAUUGCGAGCAGGAAUGGCUCUGUUUCAGGGCCUCCAGGGAAAUCAUCCGUGCUUCGCGAGAAGACGCGCAGAACCUCAAUAAGCAAGCAAGGCCGGCAAGAGAAGCGCCAUUCCCUCUCGGAGUAUAUAAAGCCAAAAUUCGAUUCCGAGAGACGAACAUCUCAACCUUCUCGGCCAUUCGCAGACAACUUGAAUCUUUCCAGGUCAGCAUCUGUGUCUCACGUUAGUGACGAGUGGCCUGCGGAUUCACCACAGUCGGCCGGUGUAAGCAAGGUUCCGUGGACGUUUAACAGGUUAUGGAGCGACGGCGUUACUAGAGGAAUACCUUCUCAGAAUCCGCCGCGGAGUCUACACAGUAGGCACCAGUCCAUGUCAGAGAAAUCCCAGGGCAAGCCUGGCCAACAUCGUCCCUCGGUCGCAGUGUUUGAAAAAGCGGUUCCAAAGCCAGGAGUCUAUUUUCGCUCACGUCGCGUCAAGGACAAUGAGAUUGAUCGAUCAUGGCUCCAAGGGAAGAAGGAUCCUCGACAGAGAUGGCUGAACAUAUUUCCUUUGCUCGGAGUUAUUGUUGGACUGAUCAUCGCUGGUGUAUAUAUCUUCCUCGGAGUCCAGAGCGUACCCAAGCACAAAUAUUGCAUGGUAUAUGAAGAUGAUUUUUCUGCGGGCAUACUGGAUACUAAUAUCUGGACAAAAGAUGUCGAAGUCGGAGGAUUCGGCAACGGUCAAUUCGAGGAAACAACUGGAACCGACGAAAACGUCUUUAUCAAGGAUGGCAUCCUCCAUAUUCAACCAACGCUGCAGGAUGUUGAUCUCCUCACUCACAACAGUGUACUCAAUCUUACUCGAUUGGGAACGUGUACCUCAGAUCUUUGGUCGAAUUGUGUGGCUGUGACCAACACCACGAAUGGGACGAUCAUAAAUCCUGUGAAGUCUGGUCGUAUCACCACCAAAAAGGGGGCCAACAUCAAGUACGGUCGUAUCGAGGUGGUAGCCAAGAUGCCACAGGGAGACUGGCUGUGGCCGGCUAUUUGGAUGUUGCCGACGGACUCAGUAUAUGGCGUCUGGCCUCAGAGCGGAGAGAUUGAUGUUGCAGAAUCUCGUGGUAACAAUCACACGUAUCCCGAGGGAGGAAAUAACAUCAUAGGCUCGACUCUCCAUUGGGGUCCUAAUGCUGCCAACGACGCAUGGUGGCGGACAUUUGGCAAACAGCACGCAUUGCACUCGACCUUUUCCGAGCGUUACCACACAUUCGGCUUGGAAUGGAGUGAGAAGUAUCUCUACACGUACCUCGACAGUCGCCUAUUGCAGGUUCUCUACAAUAGAUUCAAUACUCCAUUUUGGAAGAGGGGGGAUUUUCCUCUCUCGCUACCCAACGGGACAGCCAUUGUCAACCCUUGGUCGCAGGCGACCGAUAAGGCAGCACCAUUUGAUGAAGAUUUUUUCCUGAUCCUCAAUGUUGCUGUUGGUGGAACGAAUGGAUGGUUUAAGGAUGGUGUUGCUGGCAAGCCUUGGGUCGAUACAAGUCCACUGGCAAUGGGUGAGUUCUGGUCCGCAAAGGAUUCAUGGUAUCCGACAUGGCAGAAUGAACAUGGUAGUGCUUUGCAGGUAAAGAGCGUCAAGAUGUGGCAACAACAAGGCUAUAAUGGGUGCAAUGACCAAGCACAAAGUAUUGGUUGAUGUCCUAGGAGGAUAGAGCCUGAUCAUGUUAAUAUUUCCGCUAGAGUCAUAAAACUUGUAGUAGAAGGCACGUAGUCGGUAGAAAGGAACUAAGGCCAUUCUGU